GAGUCCAGAAGGAAUUUCAUCAUCUGGCGGAGGGACUGCAUCGUUAGCUGGCUCAUGACCGUGGCUCUGGGCAGCUAGACAAGGACAAGACAAUUGCCGAGCACCGCCCACGAACAGCGAAGCCCCUUUUCGCUUAGCAGCAACAAAGCCAAACAGCAGCCGCCUUCAAGAGGUCCCAGCAAGCACCGCUGGGCAGCGCCGGAGGGCCGUGCCCGGACACUCAGGAGGCUAUCCAGAGAGGUCACGGCUACUCUACUGCGCAGGCGCACAAAGUUACUAAGGGACGAAGAGCCGUAGCGGCGGAAGGUGAUGACAUCAAGCGCUGGCGCGGAAUAUAGCGUGCUAACGAAGCUGCGCGCGUGGGAACGCUGCGGGCUUGUAUCGCGCCGUGCCAGUUCCAGGUGCGCCGUGCUGUGAUUUUGCUGUCAGCGGUGGCGCCUUCCAACAAGGGCGCCGCCCCUUCCCUCCCCCUCGGCGGCGGAGCUGGGCUGGUCCUUGCGAUCCGCCUGUUUCCUGCUAGAGAGAUGGAAGUGAGCGGCGUCGCUUCGGGGGCAGAGCAGGAGCCCCUGAAGGAGCAGCAGUGCUCACCUCAGAAGGAGGAGGAAGAGGAGGAGGGAGAAGAACAAAAGCUGGAAAAGCGCCGGCAUCUCCUCUGCACGGAGUUUGCCUCUAUCACCAGCAGUGACGCGGCUGUGGCUCAGUGCUACCUGGCAGAGAAUGAGUGGGAUAUGCAAAGGGCGCUGAAUUCGUAUUUUGAACCACCCUUAGAUGAGCAGUCUGUGGACACGGUGCCCCAGGUGCUUCCAGGAACUGCGGCCGUCAUUGACCUGACUGAGAGCCCGAGUGGCAGUAGUGCAGCAGCCCCUGUGAAAGAGGCAGGGCUUAGCCUGCAAGAGGAUGACAGCACACUUUCUUUAAUUACUUGGAACAUAGAUGGCCUGCAGCUGAGCAAUCUGCAAGAAAGGGCACGAGGAGUCUGCUCCUAUAUAGCCUUGUACAGGCCAGAUGUAGUAUUCUUACAAGAAGUUGUUCCUCCAUAUCUCAACUAUCUACAGAAGAGAGCUGUUAGUUACACAAUUAUUCCAGGUAACACUGAAGGGUAUUUUACUGCCAUAAUGCUAAAAAAAUCAAGAGUAAGAGUUCUAAAACAUGAAAUAAUACCUUUUCCAACAACCUCUAUGAUGCGAAAUUUAUUAGCAGUGCAUGCAACUGUUUCUGGCAAUGAGAUUUGCUUUAUGACUUCCCAUCUGGAGAGCACCAAGACUCAUGCUGAAGAGCGCUUAAACCAGUUGAAGCUGGUUCUGAAGAAAAUGAGUGAGACACCAGCGUCCACUACAGUGAUAUUUGGAGGAGAUACAAAUCUGAGAGACAAAGAGGUUGCCAAACUAGGUGGCCUACCUACCAACAUUCUGGAUGUCUGGGAAUUCUUGGGCAAGCCAGAACAUUGUCACUACACAUGGGACACAAGCCAAAACACUAACUUGGAUGCACCCUACAAGUGCAAGUUACGGUUUGAUCGCCUGCUUCUUCGAGCUGCUUCUACUGGUGGGCAGAUCAUUCCCCAGAGUUUGGAUUUAAUUGGGCUGGAGAAGCUAGAUUGUGGCAAAUUUCCUAGUGACCACUGGGGUCUGUUUUGCAAUUUCGAUGUGGUACUAUAAGAAAAAGCCUUUGGAAGGACAACUGAAAGUUGCUUUUUAAGGACACUGCUCUGACUCAUCUUGAUUUUAACCACACUGGCAUUGGGAUUUUUUGUUGUUGAUUUUGCGCAGUCAUUAACAUACUCUUUGAACAUUUGUUGGAGUGUCUGUUUAAAAGGGUGAAAAAAGUCACCCUACUAUAUAUUCUUACUUUGUUUAUGUACUUUUAAAAAAAAUAAUGCCUGUGAAUGUAGAAAUGCAAAAGCCAUUUAGAAUAUUUUUAUACAAUUCUCCUAAAAUCAGAAUAGUUCACUGAAUCUCUGUGUCUUAAAUAAUUGUAUAAAAUGCUUAAUAAAUACUGGUUGUAAGAUUCUU